AUGAUAUUAUUGUCCGUUUCAACAGAUUCAAUACCGAAUAGUAGUAAUUUAAGUGAUUUCAUCGGUUUUGUGGAAAGUCAUUUCGGCAAUUACUCAUUUGAUGGUGCAUAUCAACUUAACCAGAACGCUAGUAAUAAGAUUUCCCUAUAUUCACCAUUUAACUCGCAAUAUCCACAACAGACAUAUCAAAGUGUGCUUAAUACCUAUAGCAAUUUUAAUUCGAGUCGAAUAGUCUUUGGCGUUGACUUUGGUGGCAUCAUAGAAGUGGUGUUUUCUUCCAAUGGUGAUUUCAAUAUUAGCAAUCUUGUGCCUGUGACAUCUGACGUGAGUUUCCCAUUUAAUGGAUCUCAGCCGUUGAAUGGAUGCGUGGGGGCGCCAUAUAUAAAUUCGAUUGCGUUCAAUGAUAUAAUAAGUUAUGAAGCCGAUUUAUGCGCAAACGAGUCGGGCUGGACUCGAGGUUUUGAUUACUAUUCUCAAGAACCGUAUCUUUACAAAAUAGAUCAGAACCCGAAUAAGUAUUAUUUUAUAUCUUAUGAAGAUAGUGGAUCUCUAUAUCAAAAAAUAAAUUGGUCAACUAGUCAAGGAUUUGGUGGGAUAGCGAUUGCAAAUUUAUCAAAAGACACUAAUGAUAUGACGAUGUUGAAAGCCAUAAAUGCCAUGUUCACCGAUGGAGGAAAUGGACCAUCGACACCGCCUACUUCAACUUCACCUUCACCUCUCAUUUCUACAACCCCCAAUUCCAUCAGUGCAUCUGCCAACCUCAAAUCUUCCAAGAUUUCUACCGCAGGAUUAAUUGGAAGUAUCAUCGGGGGAAUAUUAUUCAUCUUGAUAUUAUCUGCCGUAAUAGUAUUUUUUGUCAUGAGAGAUAGACGAACGAAUGAUGAGACGAUGAGUGCAAAGCCAUCCGACAAUCGGUCGAGCCCGCUGAUACCACCCGUGGCUGCCGUCUUAAUGACACCAACCACGAAACCCACUUUUGUUACGGCAUUGUUCGAUUUCGAGGGUAGAGAAGAUGGUGACCUAAGUUUUAAGAAAGGAGAUCGGAUAGAGGUAAUAGAGAGGGGAAAUGGUCCCGUCGAUUGGUGGGUGGGUAAGGUGAACGGCGUUGUGGGUGAAUUUCCUGUAAUUCUCCCCAACGCUGAUUAUAGUGUACCGGUCGCCUAUAAUCAAGCCGUUCAUGCCGUCGCGGUGCCGACGACUCCCCUUGGUGCAAUGUACAAUAAUAACACCAUGAUGGUCGACGAGCAGACUAACGGCGAAGGUGCACAGGCUCAAUCACAAAGCGUAGCCGGGAUCUUACCCGUUUUGCAAAACAUUGUCGCGACGGUCAACCUUGAUUGCAAACUUGACUUAAAGACCAUCGCCCUUCAUGCUAGAAAUGCAGAAUAUAAUCCAAAGCGUUUCGCUGCUGUUAUCAUGAGAAUACGUGAGCCAAAAACAACCGCACUCAUCUUUGCUUCGGGAAAGAUGGUGGUUACUGGUGCUAAGUCCGAAGACGACUCAAAGCUUGCAAGUAGAAAGUACGCUCGCAUCAUCCAGAAACUUGGAUUUAACGCAAAGUUCACGGAUUUUAAAAUUCAAAAUAUUGUGGGUUCUUGUGAUGUGAAAUUUCCCAUACGUUUGGAAGGCUUAGCAUACUCUCAUGGACAUUUUAGUAGUUAUGAGCCCGAAUUGUUUCCGGGGUUGAUUUACAGAAUGGUGAAACCAAAGAUCGUAUUGCUAAUAUUUGUGUCGGGAAAGAUCGUUCUUACCGGUGCCAAAGUGCGAGAGGAAAUCUAUCAAGCAUUUGAGGCUAUCUAUCCCGUACUGACGGAAUUUAGAAAACCUUGA